GGUUAAACUUCCCUGAAAACCUACUAGCUUCUGAAUCAUGAGCGGUUCCAAGCCCGACAUCCUGUGGUCCCCCCACCACCCGGACCGCUACGUCAUCUGUGACUCUGAACUGGGACUGUACCGGAUCGGACCUGUGGGCAGCGCAGAAGCCAAGGCUGGCACCCUCCCACUCUCCGAGGAAACUGCUGCUACAUUACUGGCCAUCAAUUCUGACACCCCUUAUAUGAAAUGUGUGGCCUGGUACCCCAAGCACGAGCCGGAGUGUUUACUUGCCGUUGGCCAAGCCAACGGCAGGGUUGUGCUUACCAGCUUGGGCCAGAGCCACAACUCUGCAUGCAAAGAGCUGGUGGGGAAAGAGUUUGUGCCCAAACAUGCCCGUCAGUGCAACACUUUAGCUUGGAACCCUGUGGACAGCAACUUGUUGGCUGCUGGGUUAGACAAGCACAGGGCAGAUUUCUCUGUCCUCAUAUGGGACAUCAGCAGUAAAUUGUCCCCAGAGACCAGUGUAGCAGCUGAGAAGAUUCGCCUUUCAUCUGUCGAUUUGGACUCUAGCACAGUGGUGACCAAGCCGUUGUAUGAGUUAGGCCAGAACGAUGCUUGCCUCUCGCUUUGCUGGCUGCUCCGUGACCCAAAGCUGUUGCUGGCAGGCAUGCACAGGAACCUUGCGAUAUUUGACCUGAGAAACACGAGUCAGAAAACAUUUGUAAACACGAAAGCCAUCCAAGGUGUGACAGUCGACCCGCACUUCCAUGACCGCGUGGCCUCUUUCUUUGAGGGGCAGGUGGCCAUUUGGGAUCUGAGGAAAUUUGAGAAGCCUGUGCUCACGCUGACUGAGCAGCCCAAGCCACUCACAAAGGUGGCAUGGUGUCCAACCCGUACUGGCCUACUGGCCACGCUAACGCGUGACAGCAACAUUAUCCGCCUGUACGACAUGCAGCACACUCCCACACCCAUAGGUGAUGAGACGGAGCCCACCAUCAUUGAGCGCAGUGUGCAGCCCUGUGAAAGUCAGAUUGGCAGCUUUGCCUGGCACCCAUCCUCUCAGAACCGCAUGGUGGUGGUGUCAGCAACCAACCGUGUCAUGACUGACUUCACGGUGUUUGAACGUAUCUCACUGGCAUGGAGCUCCACCACCUCUCUCAUGUGGGCGUGUGGUAGACACUUGUACGAGUGUGUUGAGGAUUCGGCGGAGGGAGUGGAGAGUAUGAUUGAGAAAGACAUUGCCACUAAAAUGAGGGAAAGGGCUCAGUCCAGGUACGGACAUGAUACCGUCCAGGUGUGGAGGAACCAUUUGCUGGCGGGUGGGAAGGAUGCCCAACUUAAGUCUUUAUGGCAUGAUCUGUUCUAUAUGAAACAGUGUGCGGAGGAUAUGGAGCUAAAACUUCAGGGGAACGUACAGUCUGUGGUUUAUUCUGGGAUUAAGAACAUUGUCAAGACAACCUCAGGGACAACCGAAAGCCGCAGGUGUUGGAUUGGCUCGGACCGGCAGACAGAUGUGCUGCGGUACCACAGUGAGGAGCGCUGCCUUGCCCUGCGGCUCUGUGGCUGGAUCAGCAGGGGAACUGACACAGAUGUGGAGAACUUCCUGCGAUCACUGGAACAGGAACACGAGUGGGAGCGGGCAGCUGCUGUCGCUCUGUUCAACCUGGACAUCCGCCGGGCAAUCCAGAUCCUCAACAAGGGAGCCAUGGCAGAGAAAGGUGACCUGAACCUGAAUGUGGUUGCCAUGGCUCUGUCAGGCUACACUGACGAAAAGUCGUCCCUGUGGAGAGAGAUGUGCAGCUCUCUGAGGCUGCAGCUGAAGAACCCCUACCUCUGCAUCAUGUUUGCCUUUCUCACCAGUGAGCCUGGAGCCUACGAUGGCGUGCUGUAUGAGAGCAGCGUGGCUGUGAGAGACCGAGUGGCCUUUGCCUGUAUGUUUCUCAAUGAUGCACAGCUACCACGAUACAUUGACAGACUAACCCUUGAGAUGAAGGAGGCGGGCAACCUGGAGGGCAUUCUGCUCACCGGACUAACUAAAGAUGGCGUGGAUCUUAUGGAGAGCUAUGUGGACCGAACUGGUGACGUCCAGACUGCCAGCUUCUGCAUGCUGAAGGGUUCUCCGGGUGAAGUGCUGAAAGACCCUCGAGUCCAGUGCUGGAUUGAAAACUACCGCAACCUGCUGGACGCUUGGAGAUUCUGGCACAAACGAGCUGAGUUUGAUAUCCACAGAGGCAAGCUGGACCCCAGCUCCAAACCACUAGCCCAGGUGUUUGUGAGCUGCAACUUCUGUGGGAAGUCCAUCUCCUACAGCUGCUCCACAAUACCUCACCAAGGCCGCGGCUUCAGCCAAUAUGGUGUCAGCGGCUCACCCACCAAGUCAAAAGUCACAAGUUGCCCUGGCUGCAGGAAACCGCUGCCACGCUGUGCCCUCUGCCUCAUGAACAUGGGCACACCUGUUUCCAAUUGCCAAGGAACUGGUAAAUCAGAUGAAAAAGUGGACCUGACAAGGGAGAACAAACUGGCUCAGUUUAAUAACUGGUUUACCUGGUGUCACAACUGUCGACAUGGUGGCCAUGCUGGCCACAUGCUCAGCUGGUUCAGAGACCACACAGAGUGCCCAGUGUCAGCGUGUACAUGUAAAUGCAUGCAGCUGGACACUACAGGGAAUCUGGUGCCUUCAGACAGCAGCUAAACAGGAGAUGCCUGUGGAACUGAGGCCAAACACCAGCAGGUUCACCUCUGCAAUCGCCAGCCAACAAUGGGGCGACGGUGGCAGCGAUGUCCUUUUCUAAAGAGGCUGCUUGAAUUGAAUAGAAUGAAAUGAUGUUAAGUUAUAUAGUCUAGUGAAUGUAACAUUGUAACUGAGCCCUGUAUUAAGAAGGGAGGCAGUGUGUGUGACUGAUCUGACUAAUUGAAUCAAUGACUGAAAGGGAGCGAAUGCACACUCGAUGUUCUGCUAAUGAAAAUCAAACACAAGAGGCUCUGUUGCAUUCAGCCUCUUCCAGUUUACCCUGAAUCAGGAAUCUUGUGAUUUAUAGUGAUCUCUUACAAAAAAAAGUUUUCCACUCACACAUCAGAAUGUAAAGAUGUGAUCACAGGUGCCAAUAUGUCUGAGCUACAUUUGUUGGCUCUUGUUUUAAUACGCUGUACUGUAUAACGUCUGUGUUACAAAGGAUAUUCACAUACCUCAUCAAAGCAUUGUUCAGGGUGAAGGACGGUACCCCGGGUGACGGUGGGGAGUUUAGCACACAAUAACAGUCUUCUUGCUCUCUUCAUGUUCCUCUGUGCCACUCUUCAUCUGGCAUUGUGGAGGGCAGGGGCGGUGCGGGUGGGGUGGUUAGGGGAGGACGAGGAAUUGGAGAAAGUAGGGGUGGUGAUGGGUGAGGAGGAGAGUGUGGGGAGGGUGCGUCUUUAUUCACCAGCCCACUCCAGGCCUGUAGUCUGUGAAAGAAGCGCCCCAGAAAACAGCAGCUGCUCGGCACUCUGACAAGACCCUCCAGAUUGUUCCCCUCAUAAAGAACCUCAGCUGCCGGAACACUAUUGACUCAAAGAGAGGGCGAGCGAACAGACAGCCCAAGCCUUGCACACCCCCUCUUGCACCCUGUGCACACACACACUUGCCCUCUCUUUCUUUCUCUCUCCCUCUGGUGUCCAAAUUGCACCCAAAAACUAUGCAUACCACACAUCAAUCCAAGGAUGGGCACUGUCUGUGGUGGGGGGAGCGGCCGUGUGUAAACCGCAUUGUAAAUGGGCUUUCUCUCUUUCUCUGCCACCCUCCCCGCACAGUCACUAACCCAGGGAGGCAUUGUAAGUGAGAGGCGGUCUGCACUAGAGCUGGCUAAAUCACUUAGUCAUGGAGUAAGGAGGAGGAGGUGGUGGUGACGGUGAUGAGAGGGGGGGCACAGGAGCUACUGUAUGCUGCUUUCACCAGAAUCUUUUUCUCGGUGUGGGAGGUUUAUAAGUCUGCGUGCCCUUUUGUGAACUGUUUUGGAGUGGAGCUGACAAAUUGGCGAGUCGUGUAGCAUCCCGAAAAACAGAUAGGCUGGAAUUUCAUCCUUUCACUGUUUCUUGUGUUUGCCCUUUUAAAUAAAUUCUGACUGACAAAUUGGA